GGACCCUACAGAUCCCACAGAUCCCAUUGACCCCACAGACCCUACAGACUCCAUGGACCUCAUGGACCCCACAGAUCACAUUGACUCCAAGGACUCCACAGACUCCACAGCCUCCAUGAACCCCACAGACUCCAUGGACCCCAUGGACCUCACAAAUCCCACUGACCCCAAGGACCCUACAGACUCCACAGCCUCCAUGGACCCUCAAGACUCCACAGACUCCAUGAACUUCAUGGACCCCCCAGAUCCCAUUGACCCCAAGGAUCCUAGAGACUCCAUGGACCCUACAGAUCCCACAGAUCCCGUUGACCCUAAGGACCCUAGAGACUCCAUGGACCCUACAUAUCCCACAGAUCCCAUUGACCCCAAGGACCCCACAGACUCCACAGCCUCCAUGGACCUCAUGGACCCCACAGAUCCCAUUGGCUCCAAGGACCCUACAGACCCCAAGGACCCCACAGCCUCCAUGGACCCCAAAGACUCCAUGGACCCUAAGGACCCUACAGACCCAAUGGACCCUACAGAUCCCACAGAUCCCGUUGACCCCAAGGACCCCACAGCCUCCAUGGACCCCAAAGACUCCAUGGACCUCAUGGACCCCGCAGAUCCCACUGACCCCAUGGACCCUACAGACCCAAUGGACCCUACAGAUCCCACAGAUCCCAUUGACCCCAAGGACCCCACAGCCUCCAUGGACCCCAAAGACUCCAUGGACCUCCUGGGCCCUGCAGACGGCCCACAUCCCAUCCAUCCCACCGCAUUUGGUGACGCCGUGGGGGUCACAGGGGGAAGAAAACCACCAAAAACUCAACACCCCCCCCCCAAAAAAAAAACAACAAAACCAAACAAAAAAAGGAUCAACGAAACGAACAAAACCCACCCAGAAGGAAAAAAAAAAAGCAAAAAGCAAACGAAAAAAUCACGAAAAAAGAAAACAAGAAACCCACAAAACAAACAGAAACGCUUUGGUGCAGAGGGAAACUUUGGGGUUUGGGUUUUUUUUUAGGAGAAAAAGAGAAAAAAAAAAAAAAAGAAAAAAAAAAGAGAAAAAAAAAAGCAAAAAAAAAGAGCAGAAUACAGCAAAAUAAUCGCGGUAAGAAUGCGGAGGAUGCAUGGUGCUUCGGGGCUGCGCUGCGCAUGGCAAAGGCCGCGGAACCGGGCGGCGCUUCCGCCCCUUCCCUUCCCGGACGGAGGAAAAAAAAAAAAAUAAUUAAAAAAAAAAAAAAAAAAAAGCAAAAAAAAAGCAAAAAAAAAAAAAAUCGCGAUAAAAAGACUGAGAGAAAAAAAAAAAAAAAGACGCGGAAAAAAAAAAAAAAAAACCGAAAGGAGAAAAGAAAAAAAAAAAAAAAAAAAAAGAAAAAAAAAAUCCGUGUUUUUUUUUUUUCUUUUUUUUUUUUUUUUUUUUCUUUUUUCGGUUUUUCGUUUUAAUUCUUUUUUGUUGUCCCGAUUUGCACGACUUUUCUCUAUCACGAGAUGUGCCUUUUUCGCCUCCGGAGACCCCGCCGCGGCCUCAAUGCACAGGAGGAGCUGCAUGCUGAUAGCGGGGGGGUCCUGGCUUUGGGGGGGGGGGGGGGGUGAUUUUUAUUAAGGGGGGGGGUCCGUCCGCCCGCUCGUCUCUGCAUGUUGUGCGCUGGGGCCGCUCCGUUCUUCCCGUUGUUUCUGUGCCCCCCCCCCUCCAAUCCUUGCCCCCCCCCCCAUCGACCCCCCCCCCCAAAAUGCUCCUCCUCCUCCUCCUCGUUAACGUCUUCCAGACUGAUGCGUCCUGUCCGAACACAGCGAAUAUGCAAUACCCCCCCCUGCUCUUGUAAAUGGGGGGGGGGAGGCGGGGGGGGGGGGGGUGCAGCCCCUUUGCUUCGCCUCUUCUUUCCCUUCCUGAUUUUAUCGAGGGGGGGGGGGGGGAGGGAAGGGGGGGGUUGUUUGUUUCUUUUAUAAUUUUUUUUUAAUUAUUAUUAUUAUUAUUAAUUUUUUUUUUUUUUUUUCGCUUUUAAGCAACCAAAGGCGGCGGGGGGGGGAGGGGGGGAGGGGGAGGGGAAGGGGGGGGGGGGG